AUGGGUCUACGGUGUUCGACGUGUCCUGAGUACGCUAUGGAGCCGGCGUCGAGUGUCAAGCUCUCACAAGUGGACUCCUAUUUGAAUGAUUAUCCGGAAAUAUCGCAGGAGCGGAAGUGCCACAUUGCGUCUUACAAGCUGUUCAAGGUGUUUCUAUUCGGAUCCCCGAUAACGCCAGCUGUGGAGUACAUUGGCAAGCUCUUCGUGCCAACGCUUGUACAGUUACAGCAACAACAGCCUGCCUCUGGGGAGCUCAGCAGGAUAGCAGACUCGAGUUUGACACCGGCACCCGAGUUAUCGCAGACGCUCGGUAGCGACAGCGAUCUUACUAAGAUUAACCUGCGCGACGAGUACGCAGAACAAGCAGUAUUAUAUCCUAAUCUCCUGCCAUACUCCAACAUCCUAGUGUCGGAUGCUAGUGCCGUACUAGUCAGACAAUACAUGCAGCGGACACUCACGGAUAGGCUUUAUACUCAACCAGCACUGACGGAAAUGAUGAAGCUGUGGAUCUUAUACCAACUCGUAUGUGCACUGGCCCAGUUGCAUGCACUCGGACGAGUCCACGGAGACUUGAAAACUGAGAACGUCUUCAUUGUCGGCGGGAGCGAGCAGGUUAUGCUUGGUGACUUGGGCUCGUUUGGAGUGAUGAAACCGGCAACCUUACCAGCAGGAGAGGCGGCUAGUGCCGUGUUCUCUUUGUUCUUUGCCACUGCAUCUGGUAUUGCACCUCCAGGUGUCAUUAUCCAAUCCAAUCCGAUAUAUAUGGCGGCCGAUAUGAGGAUAGAUCUGAUAGUCCGCAAUUUACCCUAUCUUAUUAUUAUGCUCGUAUCUAGAGAUACCCUACUCGACCACUUGAGGAAGCUACGAUAUAUCGGAGAUGGCAGAGAGCCGACGGCCUCUGAUUUCAUACAAGCCGUCAGAAGGGUGGUGUCUGACGGCUGCUCCAACAUUGAUGAGAAUACUCUCAGUGCAGUCUACGAGAGUUCCCAGAGCCAGCAGUUUGCCUUCUUCCAAAAUCAGGAACAUAUGCAACGCCCGGAGGCACUGAACGGAGAUCAGUCGAUUGCUAUACGGAUGGUUACAUCGGCCGGGCAUGCAGGAAGCCAUCCUCGAACCCGGCAAGUAUCGUUGAUGAUUCUCGAGACCCUAGCUCCUUUCUGCAGCCGUCAUACCUUGCUCGAGCUGGUCAUCCCUCAUUGCCAUGCAGCAUUGAGUACAGAGCCGACAGCUGAGUGCCGAACUCAGGCUCUCCGAUCACUCGUCGCAGCUUUGGAGUGUAUACCCUCAACGGCUGAUACGGAAGAAUCGCUGUAUGCGUCAGGCCAAUUCGGUGGGGUCACUGACACAGGUGCGGUGUACAGCCUUUUCGUUGACUACCUUUGGCCGGUCUUGCUAUCCCUUAUCGCUACGAGAUCGGAUGCCAAUCUCCUGUCGUACUCUGCACAUGCUGCUGUGAGGUUGGCCGCCCUCUCUGUUACUAUUGGGGAGAUGUCAGCUCCAUCUGGUAAUCCAUCCACUAGUCUUGAAGCGAUCAAGGCUGCGAUGUAUAACUUCGUUGCUACCUAUCUACAACAAGUGUUCCAACGAGCUCCACCUGGCAAUAACUUCUCAAUGAUGACUCCGAACGGUCGGGCGGUAUCCUCGACAACAACCCACAGCCCCGAUCCUUCCCAAUUGCCACCUAGAGCAGCCGAAGCCGUGAAACUAGCGGUCCUUGAAGCGCUGCCGGAUUUCGCAUCGCUGCUGCCACCGUGUUCGAAGGAGCCCGAUUCAAGCCAAAACCAGAAUCUCAAAGGAUCGCAUGAUGUAUCUGUAUCCUCCCUUACCGUGCCGCCCCUCACAGUCCAGAACCCUUCUUCGGGCCCUCGUCCUUCUGAUCACAAAGACGAAGAAACCAAGAAAGGGUCUCCUGACAGGGGUCUGACUUUGCCUUACCUUAUGUGCUUUCUGAACGACCCCAACCCUCAAGUUAAAGUUGCUUUUUGCCGCUUGGCGCCUAGGUGUGCCAAUCUAUUAGGGGCUUUUGCCGCUGACGUGGCCCUUCUUCCGUACUUCACCCAAACAUUGUCGAAGGAACUUGGUGAUGACCGGCUCACCCUAGCAGCUCUGAUGGGUGCAACCGAGCUGCUAGGGGACUACAGGGUUUUACCUGAUGAGGGGCCCAACUCAGUUCACCGGGAGUCGGUUAUGAGAUUUGCCGAAUCCGCUGUUCCCUAUCUUUGUCAUCCUAAUGUAUGUAUACAAGCCACUGCCAGGGCCUUGAUUCGCAGCAUUACUACGAAACACAUCGGGAACGCUCUUCAGUACGUCUAUCUUAGACGGCGCUCAUUCAGUCAUCUCAAGGAGGCCGAAUAUUUGCCCAAUGGAUGGAGAUGCUUUGGAGAUCUCGAAUAUCUCUGUCCCGUUUCAUACGAACUGGUACUUGGUCAGCAAACUAUCGGGGAAACCCUUGGGGACACUACCGAUGUCGCCAGAAUAGGCUUGGCCAAGAAAUUCUACGAAGGCACAGUGUCUCAUGGACAACCUAUGGGAGAGCCGAUGGCUGUUAGCACCGCUGGUCCCAUGCAGAUCAUUAAAGUGUCUAUCUCUAAUCCCAAUGUACCAGCUAUCCUCCCUUAUCGCUUUAUUGCGGAGGGUGAUGUCACUCUGGGUUUCGAGGGUUCUGUGAAUAAGCUCCUGAAAGACUGGAGAGCACGGCAUCUACUGUUACCUCCUCCGAAGCCAGCACUCGGGAUACUCAACCGUUUAGAUGGAUCCCAAGAAACACUGUAUGUAAGCAAGAAGAAACUCCAGAUAGUUAAUGAAAUACGAGGUGUUCUUGGGAACGACGGGGAGAGCUACGGCAUGUAUGGUCAUAGGAGAGUACGGGCUCAGAGACUCCAUUUGCAAUGCCGUGCUGGAGUUGACCCACCAAGUGUCGAAGGGAUGACAUUAGUAACUAGCCCCACUAUGGAGGCUGGAUCGUCCCCGAUCGCUAUGGACCAUAAUAGCACGAGUAACAUCAGCGAAUCGUCGAUCUCAGUCGGAUCUCUUCAAUCGGAAUCAGCCCCUCUUGGCAAUGUUGAAAUAGAUCAUGCUGCCUCAAACGACUCUUCUGGGUACUCCUUGGCGACUCCCUCAGCUUGGCGGCCUGGAGGCUCUCUUGUCGGCACAAUCUAUGAUUUCGAAUACGACUUUGGUGGCGGUGGAUCGUCACAGAGCGUGAAUAGUAUGAGUUCUGGACACCCAGUGGAUGGGAGAGGGGCCUCUCAUACGACUCCGGUUGUUGCGGUAGAUGCCAGCGAUGAUGGUCGCUUAAUCAUAGCGAUGGGAGGCAAUGGCGUGCUCCGUGCCUGGCGGGGACACAUCCUCGAGGAUGAUGUCGCACCGACUUGCAGUAAAAUGAUGCCCCUCCCCGAUGAGGAGUUGGACCUUGCUGCUAUAACACAUUAUCACUUCCCGAUGAAGGCUUUGCGGAACUGUAAAUCAGUAGUCGUUGGCGGUGCUUCACCUUCCCUCUAUGUAUAUCGGAUGGACGCGCCAGGUGACGUACCCGUGGUAUCAUUGAGGGCUCCUACUUGUGGGAAAUCAGCUGUCGUAUUUGACGCUGGUAUUGCAGCUAUUGAAAGCUUCGAUACUGAUAUUGAGAACGUUGUGAUCGCUGCUAACCAUCACGGCAGUGUGUUUGGCUUUGAUGUUAGGGCUGGUCGCUGUGUCUUCAAUGUGGCUGAGCCCGAGAGCUCUCUAGGCGUACCAACUGAUAUGUUAUGCUCCUCUGAUGGGAGGACUACAGUGCUCUGUACACGUUCGGGCUUCGUUAGCCUCUUUGACGUUCGCUACUUGUCUCGACGAACUCGGACAUACAAGUUGUUCCAGGAGGGCGCCGGUACGGGAAUACUCCCCAUCACGGCAAUGUGCAACUCUCUGCAUGGGGGCAACAAGUCUUUCUGGCUUGCCGAAGGAACACAUGGUAUGAUGGGACUAUAUGACUUUACUUCGCUCGAUGGUGAUGUUCGGCCGACUAAGUUGAUGCUUUGUGGUGAACAGUCGAAUCCGAUCAAUUUACCGGUUCUCGUCGAUAUGAGGUCACAACCAAGGCAAAGCUUCUUAGUCGGAGCCGAUAUGUUAACACAACAAGUGAAGGAGUGUGCGGAUCCUAGUAGCUUGGUAGUGAGAUCAAUGCUGGAGAUCUCUACAUCUCGAGGAGGUCCUUGGACCUUGCUUAGCACAGGCAAUGAUGCUGUAGUGCGAUGGUGGCAGCCUCAAGAGGCGGGAACUGUCAUACCAUUCUCCAAUCAGUCCUCAAUUAUGCCACUGCAAUUGGGAGGGGUUCAAGUCAUGACCAACCCAUCGUAUGCAGCUUCUAGCGGUCAUCAUCAAUCCUCUAUGACACCUCGUGGACAGGGAACUCCUGUAGAGGAGCAAGGCGACUCGGAUCUCAGAGUGGAUGAUGGACACAGAGACGCUAUACUGGACAUGUGUGUCCUCUCUUUGCAAUACGAUAUACUUGUUACUGCUGGCCGUGAUGGUUUGAUUAAAAUUUGGCGAUAG